AUGACGACUUUCACAUUAGAUUCGGCGUCACCGUCAAUCUCCGCUGCCUCCACUCCAGCCUAUCGAUAUUCCUCCUCAGACGAAGAAGACGACGACAUUUCCACACUUCCAUACCCCGCCGAACUCUCGCGCACUGCUUUCCUCGCACCGGACUUCUCGCCUGGCACAUACCUUUCAACUCUGAGAAACCGACAUCAAACGCUAGAAGAUCUACGCGCCGAUCUCCGACAACGUUCGCAGCUGCUGAAUCGCGAGUUGUUGGAUUUGGUGAAUGGGAACUAUGAAGAAUUCCUGAGUCUCGGUGUGGAUCUGAGAGGAGGAGAGGAGAAGGUGGAGGGCGUUAGAGUUGGAGUAUUGGGGUUUGAGAGGGAGGUCAGAGCUGUAAAGGCCAGUGUGCAGGAGCGUGCGGGCGAGGCGCGGGAAUUGGUUCGGGAGAGGAAGGAAGUCAGACGGGAUGUGAUGUUUGGGAGAGCGUUGCUAGACGUUGGGGAGAAGGUGGAGGAUCUGGAGAGGGCUCUGAGAGUGGGGCAAGGUGGUGAGGAUAGCUUCGAGGAUGAGGAGGACGAAGAAGAGGACGAGGAGGAUGAGGACGCGGAUGAGACAUCUCCGGGCAUUCCACUGAAUCGAUUGAGACGGCAUGCGGACUCUUAUCUACUUAUAAGCCGCAUGAUUGAGAAAUUGGAGCCGGAUCAUCCGUUUCUCGUGGCGCAAAGGGCAAAGUUGCUGGACUUGAAGAAGACACUGCUGUUGGAUCUCGCAGCUGCGUUGAGGAGCGCCAAACAAUCAAAAUCGGAGGCAGUGCUAGGUCUGGUGCGAAUAUACUCGGAUCUGGACGCUCAGGCCGAGAGUUGUAGGGUUUUGAAAGGACCUUGA